AUGAUCUCUUCAUCAGUCACCAACUCAAAGCUUUUACUUCCAAGGUCUCAACUUUCAAUUCAACCAACCAUUCGAAAUGUUGAACAAAACAUGGGUCUCUCUUUACUUUCUUUCAAAAAACCUCUUUACCUUUCAUGCACUCAGAAUUUUUCAUUGUUAGCAAAACCCAAAAGAAAGAAUGUGACACAAUGUCAAGCCUAUGAGGCUGAUAGAUCAAGGCCAUCAGAGAUUAACAUUGAACUUCCUGAUGAAGAAGCAGCUCAAAAGGUUAAAAUAGGAUUGUACUUUGCUACUUGGUGGGCUUUGAAUGUUGUUUUCAACAUAUACAACAAGAAAGUUUUGAAUGCUUUUCCUUACCCUUGGCUUACUUCCACUUUGUCCUUAGCUGCUGGUUCUCUCAUCAUGUUAAUCUCAUGGGCCACUAGGGUUGCUGAGGCCCCAAAAGUUAGUCUGGACUUCUGGAAAGCCCUUUUUCCGGUAGCUGUGGCACACACAAUUGGGCAUGUUGCUGCAACUGUGAGCAUGUCCAAAGUAGCAGUUUCAUUCACUCACAUCAUCAAGAGUGGAGAACCAGCUUUCAGUGUGCUUGUAUCAAGAUUCUUGCUUGGAGAAGCAUUUCCCAUGCAAGUUUACCUUUCAUUGUUGCCAAUAAUUGGUGGUUGUGCACUAGCUGCAGUGACUGAGCUCAAUUUCAAUAUGAUUGGAUUUAUGGGAGCUAUGAUAUCAAAUUUGGCAUUUGUAUUCAGAAAUAUAUUCUCGAAGAAAGGGAUGAAUGGGAUGAGUGUUAGUGGAAUGAACUACUAUGCGUGUCUUUCUAUGUUAUCUUUACUAAUUCUCACACCUUUCGCCAUUGCGGUCGAGGGUCCUAAACUUUGGGCUGCUGGCUGGCAAACAGCCGUGUCUCAGAUUGGGCCCAAUUUCGUUUGGUGGGUAGUUGCACAGAGUGUGUUGUACCAUUUGUAUAAUCAAGUAUCAUACAUGUCUCUUGAUCAGAUUUCUCCUUUAACAUUUAGCAUAGGAAACACAAUGAAGAGAAUUUCGGUAAUAGUCUCUUCGAUUCUUAUCUUUCACACUCCACUUCAACCUAUCAAUGCUCUUGGAGCAGCAAUUGCGAUUCUUGGAACCUUCAUCUAUUCACAGGCUAAAGAGAAAUAA